CCCGUCCGUCCCCAUGGCAACGGGCGCGGCCAACAUGGCGGCGCCCAGCGUGUUCCUGCUGGCCGUGAGCGGCGAGAUCGAGAGCGGGCAGUUCCCUGGAUUCGAUGAUCUCUACUGCAAGUUCUGCUUCGUCUACGGCCAGGACUGGGUCCCCACCGCGGGCCUGGAGGAGGGAAUCUCCCAGAUCACCUCCAAGAGCGACGUCUCGCCCACCACGCUCGUGUGGAACCUCCCCAUCGACAUCACCUUCAAGAGCACCAACCCUUUUGGCUGGCCGCAGAUUGUGCUGAGUGUCUACGGGCCCGACUUCUUCGGGCACGACGUGGUCAGAGGUUAUGGAGCCGUUCACGUGCCCUUCACGCCUGGAAGGCACAGAAGAACCAUCGCUAUGUUUGUUCCGGAGUCCACCUCGAGGCUGCAGCAGUUUACAAGCUGGCUCACAGGGAGGCGCCCGGAAUUCACCGACCCCAGAGUUGUGGCGCAGGGAGAGGGACGAGAAGUGACGAGGGUGAGAUCCCAGGGCUUCGUCACCGUUUCCUUCAACGUCAUGACCAAGGACCUGAAGAAGUUGGGCUACGACGUGACCCCCAGUGAUCUGCAGAGCCCCUCCCUGGGGCCACCAGGGCUCCACAAGUACUGACCUGUGCCAUCAGGUGCUCAGAAGGCUCCCAGAGAAGUUCAGCACUUGGUGGCUUUUGAAGGAAAAGGUGGCGGGGGGGGAGCUGGUUAAUCUGGGAGAAUUAUUCCAAAAGAAACACAACCCCGUGAGGCUUUGGAAUAACGACCAAGGACAAUCCUUUCAGUAAGUUACACGUUUGAAGUAUUGUGUAAAUUAAUGCCAUCAGAUAAUACUUGGCAUUUUUAUGAGCAGUGUCAGACUGUCUCACAGUCUGGGACAAAGUAUUUUUAUAACAGCCUUUUGUACACUUUUUAUGUAAAUAAUGAAAUGUAAAGUUCACAGUUGUAGUUUUCCUGGGGUUAAAAAAAUAAUCGAAAACCCAGUUCUUUUUAGUAAUUUUGGGAAGGGGAGGGUUGUGGUAUAAAUGGGGAACUGAAAUUAUUGCACCUUCCAGAAACAGUCCAGAGAAACGCAUCCCCCUCUGAGCUCUUCUUUUAGGCUGAAUAAACCCAAUUGUCUACAUCUAUUUGUUUGUCUUUCUGCUGCUCAGGCCUUUUGUUCGUGCCCUAAACCAUCCAAGCUCUGCUCUUACAGGCACAGGAGAGAAAGAAGGGUGUGUUACAAUGGACUGACUAAUUGCUUAGUCAUCUUGAGAUUGGAUUUGGGGCCUGUAAGAGUCAAACCUCUUGUGUUUGACUGCAAAUCCCGGGAGGUGCCUGGGAGAGUGAGGAUACCACCCUAAGAGUGAACUACCAAGAGCUCAAACUGUAGAAACACAAGUAAUAACACACAGUGAGGAACGACAAAGCCUCCAGGACACGAAUCAACAAAGAAUCCAAUCAGAGAUUGUUCUUAUUUCAUGCUGAGCAGCGAGAUUGGAUAAGUAAUCAUUGCUGAAAACA